AUGACCGAGGAGUGCUGUACAGACUUCCACAUUCUACCACGAGAUGCCGUGGAUAAUCUGAGAUUGGUAGUACCGAGUUCACUCCGGGAAGAUAUGUUGCAUCACGCGCAUGAAGACUUCCAAGGUGGACAUCAAGGGAUCACUCGGACGCAUGAAAAGUUACGUACCGAAUUCUACUGGCCCGGCAUGUAUGCGGAUGUCCAACAUUUUGUGAAAGAAUGCGUGGAUUGUGCCAGUGGAAAAGGGGCGCCCCCGAAUGCUGGACCUUCACCAGGGAACAUUGAACCGCGGUACCCUUUUGAAGCCGUCUCUAUGGAUUUCGUGACUCAUAUGCCUAGGAUGGGUUAUGUGAAGUGCAAGCCCAUGUCGUCUACUACCGCUCAAGACGUCACUGAGGCUUAUGAGGAGCAAAUUCGGGGCGUCUUCCGUGAUACGGCACGAUCAGGAUCCGCGUUUCAUGUGUGA